GUGGAGCAUUUAACAGCACUGACCAACAUGGCGGCGUGCAGUGUGGAAGAGCUGUUGGCUAACGCAGCGCAAGAAGAGGCAGAGAAACUGAAAAGUAUCUCUGUCCAGAAAGAGCUGGACCUGGAGUUUGACAUCGGCAACCUGCUGGCGUGUGACAAAAACCGCAUCGAGUCCCGGGAGUUCAAGAAGCAGAAGAAAGAGGACUUCCUGCGGUCGUUAGCUCGUGACAACACGCAGCUGCUCAUCAACGAGAUCUGGAAACAGCCCACGGAGAGGGUCGAGGAGGCGAUAGUGGUCAAAUUAGGCGACCCGGCGACCCCGCUGCCCAGAGAGAAACCACCUCCGAGGCCGAAACCUCCUACAAAAUGGGAAGAGUUUGCCAAGCUAAAGGGCAUACAGAAGAAGAAGAAGACCAACUUGGUUUGGGAUGAAACUGCGAAGGAGUGGAAGAGGCGCUGGGGCUACAAGAGGGCCAAAGACGACACCAAGGAGUGGCUGAUUGAGGUCCCGGAGACCGCAGACCCGAAUGAGGACCAGUUCGCCAAACGCGCCAAAGCCAAGAAGGAGAGAGUGGCCAAAAAUGAGUUCAACCGGCUGAAGAACAUUGCCAGGGCGCAGAAGAUCAAAGUGCCAGGGGUGGGACUCACCCCCACUGCCCAGCAGUCCAAAGACGAGUUGACCAGAGCCGCGAGCGUGGCCAAAACCUCCACCGCGUCCGCGGGGAGGUUCCAGGACCGCCUGCCCAAAGAGAAGCCGCCAAAGAACACAGGCAAGAGGAGGAAGUUUGAUCCCCUCAUCGGUGACUUUUCCAACGAGAAGCAGAAGCAGCUGGAGCUCCUGAAAAUGAUGGACAGCAAGAAGCCCAAGCUGGACAUCACCAAGGCUGUGAAUAAACAGAUGAGAGAGGAGGACCGAGAGGAGGCCGCGGCUAAAUACAAGAAGGGCGCAGGGAAGAAAGGACGCAAAGGCAACAUGUCAGGAAAAGGCAAAGGAAAAGGUGGGAAAGGUAAGGGAGGAAAAGGAGGAAAGGCUGGAGGAGGAGGAAAAGCUGGAGGAGGGAAGAGGAGAGGCAAACCUGGGAAGCACUGAGGACUGUAAACCUCCUGGAUCCUUGUGCCUUGGCAUCCUUGGACUGGACUGAAACGAUGCAUUAUGAAAUGACUAUGGGUGGCUUGUUGGGACUGUCCAGGGUUUUUGUGGCUCUUUCACUGUUAGUUUAAUCUGUCAUCAAAACUGUAAAUAUCUGUCCCAGCAUUCAUGGAGGCUCACUGAUUUAAUAUGUGUAAUAUUAAUGGCAAAUUACAAACUGCAGCCCAAAUUAAAAAUCAGGUGAUUGUG